GUAGAAGGGUUCUGAUUAAAAAGGAAAAAGAAAAGGCGUGGCACGCACAAGUACCUCACUUCCGGUUGCAAAUGUACACACGGUGAAGUGGGAUAGCUAACAGUGUGCCGAUAUGGCGGAGAACACCUUGACAGUGACAGUUGCUCAUGGCACGACCAAACAUAACAUCACUUUAACUGCACAAGAUGGACACGAACCCUUAUUAAAGGAUUUAUGUGAGGCACUGACAGAAGCCACAGGAGUACCAGCACCAUCCCAGAAAAUUAUAUUUAAAGGGAAAUCUUUGAAAGAGAUGGAGGAAUCUCUGUCAAGCUUUGGAUUAAAGCAGGGUUGUAAACUAAUGAUGAUUGGAAAGAGGAACAGCCCAGAAGAGGAAGCUGAGCUUAAAAAGCUCAAAGACAUAGAAAAGUCAGUGGAACAAACAGCCAAAAAGCUUGAGAAAGUGGAUGGUGAACUGAACGGACUGAAGAAUGGUUUUCUUGCAAAGGAUUUGCAGGCCGAGGCUCUUAACAAACUGGACCACAGAGUGAAAGUUGCCGCUGAGCAGUUCAUGAAACUUCUGGAGGAGAUUGAUGGAAUUAAUUUGCCUGAGAGUUUUAGUGAUUGCAGGAUGAAAAAGAAAGGACUUGUGAAAACUGUACAGGGUUUCUUAGCUCAGUGUGACAAAAUUGAAGCUGGAAUAUCAGAUCACUUGGCUAAGAUUCAGACAAAAAAUUUAGCAUUAGCAGAGUGAUCGUGAAGACUCCUGACAUCAGUAGUUACUCGAGUUGCUCUGUGAGCAACUGAAGAACCCGAGAGCUUCGGCACUGGAGGUGGUCCUGCAGCUUGCCUACAUCCCAUGUCCUACACAUACCUGUCCAAGGAAUAAUGGAGCGAUUUCAAAAACUCCCCCCCUUCAGAUUUUUAAUGCUAAGUGUUGGAAAUGCUUAUGCUUAUUUAGUGAAGAAUACAUGUGAUAAGAGUGAUAAAAUGCUUUUAUCAUCUUGAUAAGCUGAACCACUGAUCAACACAGCUCUCUCUCAUACAAUUUUGUGACAGACAUUUAAAUCACAGGCUUAUCAUUUUGGUGAAAGAGAAAAAAUAAUGGUGCUACAAGAUCUAUCUCACCUAAUUAAGUGAUCUAAUUUAUAAGUUGUUGUUUUUUUUAGGUGUAAGUAUUUUAUUUGGCUUUUCACUCUACAUAAUCAGUAUUGUGCAGUAAAAGAUUUGGAUAAAAAUUAUUUUAAGAAAUUGAACUUGGGAAAAGGCGUGUAUCCUGAUAUUCCUUGUAUUGUUUUUGUCAUGAUUAAAUCUCAGGGUGCUUAAAACCA